UAAAUGGUCCAGCAAUUGGAAUUGCAGUAACAUUCCUUCCAUUAUUUGAUAUGGUGUAUACCACGGAUACGGCUUACUUCCUAACACCAUUCACAAACUUAGGCCUUUCUGCAGAAGGAUGCUCUACAUAUACAUUUCCUAAGAUAUUUGGGCAUUCCAAGGCUGGUGAUAUGUUAUAUUUGGGUUAUAAAAUGUCAGCUUUUGAAGCUAAACAAUAUGGUUUAGUUAGUGAAGUAUAUAAAGAGGGAUGUAUAGACGAAGUUUGGACAUAUUUAAAGAAGUUAUCUCAACUUUCAUCAGAAUCAAUACUUGCAACUAAAUCCUUAGUUAAAAGAUGGAAUGAAAAAGUAUUGUUGGAAGUUAAUGUUGAAGAAUCAAAGGAACUUUUAAAACGUAUACAAUCUUCUGAUUUCUCAGAGAGAAUCAUGAAUAUGCUAUUACACAAAAACAAACUUUAAACAUUUCUUAAUAUAAUUAAGCUAAUAUAAAAACUUUUAUUUGUUUAUUAUAGAAUUUUUCAUUAUAAAAGUUAUGUUAUUAGAUAUUUCUAAUAGCAUAGCUUCCUAAAAAAUAAUAAAAAAUAAUUAUUAUCAAUAUUUCAUAUCACAGUUUAAUGUUAAAUCGUUCUUACUUGAAGUAUUUUAUCCGGAACUGGCUGCUGAUAAUGUUCCCAUUUUGAAAGUUGGUUAAUGGUUAAAUUUGGCAGAGGUGCUUUACUGUUUAAAAGAAAUUGAUAUUCCCGUUCAUUUUCUUGAUGUAACAUUUGAGGUGCCUUUUCUAUUUUAUUACAACCAUUACAAGAACAUUCCAUCAAAUCAUGUGUUAAACAAUUUGUAUCUGUUGUUAACGUAAAUAAAUCCUACAAAUUUUGUAAUGAUUGUUAAUAUUUUGUAAACUA